CCCCUCCCCAGGCUGGCGGGCACGGCUGCUAGAAGGCGUGGAGCUGUCUGGGGGACAGAGGCCGCCGGCUGCCGGAGACCCAGGCCGGCCGCGGCCCUCUUCCCUCCCUUGAGGCCCCACGAGGUCAGGAAGGGCGCUCACGUCGGCCCUCAGAGGGCUGCUCGCCUGUCGCCCGGCGCCAGGACUGCCUCCCGGACCCACCUCCAGUCUUAUGUCCCUGGCGUCCCCCUGUGCUGGAGAGCGUCGCCGCGUCCACCGGCUGCUCAGUGCCCCGGGGUCCCCAGGAAGGGCAGCCAGGAAACUGCCAAACCGCCUUCCGCAGUGCGCGUGCUGCCCCGCCUUCCCGCCGGCACCCGGGAACCCUGCCACCGGCCCUCGUCGGCCCCGUUCUCCAUCUCAGCGCUUCUGACAGUGGACGGGAAGGACAAGACAGCAGCGAUGCCCGACUCUCCCGCCGAGGUGAAGAGUCAGCCCCGCUCCACGCCUCCCAGCAUGCCGCCCCCGCCGCCUGCCGCGUCCCAGGGGGCCACUCGGCUCCCCUCCUUCACGCCACACACAAAUCGAGAGGACGGGCCCACGAUGUCCCUGCCCCACGGCCGUUUUCAUGGCUGCUUAAAAUGGUCUAUGGUCUGUCUUUUAAUGAACGGCACCCACUCGCCGACGGCCGUCAACGGCGCGCCAUCCACACCCAGUGGCUUCAGCAAUGGCCCGGCCACCUCGUCCACCGCCUCCCUGUCCACGCAGCACCUGCCCCCGGCCUGCGGGGCGCGGCAGCUCAGCAAGCUGAAACGCUUCCUCACCACCCUGCAGCAGUUCGGCAGUGACAUCUCCCCGGAGAUCGGGGAGCGCGUGCGCACGCUGGUGCUGGGGCUCGUGAACUCCACGCUGACCAUCGAGGAGUUCCAUGCCAAGCUCCAAGAGGCCACCAACUUCCCUCUGCGUCCGUUCGUCAUCCCCUUCCUAAAGGCUAACCUUCCCCUGCUGCAGAGGGAGCUCCUGCACUGUGCCCGCCUGGCCAAGCAGACCCCCGCCCAGUACCUGGCCCAGCACGAGCAGCUCCUGCUGGACGCCAACGCCUCCUCCCCCAUCGACUCCUCGGAGCUCCUUCUGGAGGUCAACGAGAAUGGCAAGAGAAGGACGCCUGACCGGACCAAAGAGAAUGGGUCAGACCGUGACCCGCUGCACCCCGACCACGUCAGCAAACGGCCGUGCACCCUGAGCCCCGCCCAGCGCUACAGCCCCAGCCACGGGCCGCCCCAGCCCACGCCGCCGCCGCCGCACUACCGCCUGGAGGACAUGGCCAUGGCCCACCACUUCCGUGACCCCUACCGCCAUCACGAGCCCCGGGAGCUGCGGGAACGCCAUCGGCAGCUUGCGGUACACGGGUCCCGGCAGGAGGAAGUGAUCGACCACCGCCUCACGGAGCGGGAGUGGGCAGAGGAGUGGAAGCACCUGAACAACCUGCUGAACUGCAUCAUGGACAUGGCUGAGAAGACUCGACGGUCACUCACCGUGCUGCGUCAGUGCCAGGAGGCCGACCGCGAGGAGAUCAACCACUGGAUCCGGCGCUACAGCGACACCGAGGACGCCAAGAAGGGCCCCGUGCCUGCCACUGCCCGGCCCCUCAACAGCUCCGUGGGUGCAGAGGGGUCUCAGCUAGACGCCCACCGGGAGUUCAUGCCUAGGACCCUCUCUGGCUACAUGCCCGAGGAGAUCUGGAGGAAGGCUGAAGAGGCCGUGAAUGAGGUGAAGCGGCAGGCGAUGUCGGAGCUGCAAAAGGCGGUGUCGGACGCGGAGCGAAAGGCCCACGAGCUCAUCAGCACAGAGCGCGCCAAGAUGGAGAGGGCCCUGGCAGAGGCCCGGCGGCAGGCCUCAGAAGACGCCCUGACUGUCAUCAACCAGCAGGAGGACUCCAGCGAGAGCUGCUGGAACUGCGGGCGCAAGGCCAGUGAGACCUGCAGCGGCUGCAACGCGGCACGCUACUGCGGCUCCUUCUGCCAGCACAAGGACUGGGAGAAGCACCACCACGUGUGCGGCCAGAGCCUGCAGGGCCCCGUGGCCGCCGUGGCCGACCCGGGGCCCGGACAGCCCGACGCCACCGCCGGCCUGGGCCCCUGCCUGCCCGCGGGCGCCGCCAGCCCCAGCGAGGCCGGCUCCGCGGGGCCCUCCCGCCCCGGCUCCCCCGGCCCGCCCGGACCCCUGGACGCCGCGCCCCGCUGACCCCCAGACCCCGCCGCCCGGCCCCCACACCCCCACCCCCCCGCGGCCACCGCGCCCUCCGGCUCCGCCCGGCCGCCGCCCCCGACCCUGGGGCCCUGGGAGCCGGCCGGAGCCGCUGCUGCUACUGCUUCUCUCCAAAAGAAAACAGAACCGACGAAAACUGCAUCAACGCAACUUCCUCAGCAACCUGGCGGCCCCCCCGCCGCGACCUCGAGCGUCCUCAGAGACCUCCCGCCAAGCUUUAGACGGCAGGGCGGCCGGCGUGCCCACGCCAGCUCCGCCUGCCGCCCUCGUGCCCUCCGUUCUUCUGUCUGACUUUCACACACUGUCUCUUUAAUGAACAAAAUCUAGUUGUUGGGUGGCUUAUGUUUUCGGUGAAGAAUUUUGGGGGGUUUUGUGGAACAGAACUACUCAGAAAUGGACCCAGAAAAUGGGGGUCUUGUCCCCUUCCCGGUUAAAACGGGAAACAGAAGAUUGUCGUGUUACAGCUGGAGGUCUGAGCCGCCGCCGCGACAUGGAGGCCGCCCCGGGGGCGUGUGGCCAGUGCGGCGAAGACGGUAAGAAGAAUUUCGAUUUCCGACUCGAGAAACAUGGUUUGCUUUCAGGUUAUUUUUUUUCUUUUAAUGUCAAACUCUUUGGCUUUAAGUAGAAAUCCAAAAAGGUUUUCGAAAAACAGGGAGGGAAGCGCACCUGUCAACUACCUUGCCAGCUAGCCAGCCAAGGACGCCGGACACACCUCUGCUCCAAAGGAAACCCAAAAAGCAAACACAAAACGUCAAAAUCCAAAAUGUUUUCGUCACUGCCAAAGUACCUUUCCCACGGUUUUACCCCACUCCUGGAUUUGUUCAUCUGUCGUCCCGUUCUCUCGCUCUGAUUCCUUGUCUGGGGUGUGGGCACUCGGGGUCUGGAGGGCGUCGCCCGGCAAGGAGGAACGUGUCUCUUUUCCACGACGGCAGGGCCUCGGCUGGACACGCGUGCGGGGGACGCCCCCGUCUGUCCUCACGCCCUCUGUGAAUCUUCAUCACGUUGCAUGUUUCCCACUUGUGAGAAAGCUCUAACGUGUCCUUCCCAGGAGAGAAGAGUUCCGAAACGAAACUGUGACAAUCUCUCGGGUUGAUUCUUGACUGCUUUUCGAAGCACCAGGAGACAGCAACUGGGCCUUCGGACUCCUGCUUCUCCGCGUCUCCUCCUCUACCUCUCCUCCCGCCCCACGAGGCCGUCCCACCGCCGCCCCCCCCCCCCGCCCCAGCCCCCGGCCCCGCAGCCGCCGCACCUGCUCCCCUCUCUUCACACUGUCGCAGACAUAGGAGAAAAGCCGCAGACAGGAACGGUCUGCCCUCACCGCGCCUGCCGGACUCUCGGUCAGCUGUAUAUAACCCCGCGUCCCUGUCCAGCUGCUCCUCGGGGAGGUGGUCUCUCGGACCCCCCGGCCCUGUCCCCUCCCCCCACUCAGCCGCCCCGAUGAUCUCAAGGAGGCAACGAAGGAGUGAGGAGAGCCUCACGUGUACUCCCCGGGAGGAAAAGAGCAGACGCGGCCCACGAUCCGGCCUGCGUCGCCGUGAGGAAUUCCCGGGACUGGAGGGCAGUACGGGGCGGGAGCAGCUGCUGAAGUGGGGGUUCCUGGGCGCCCCGCCCGGAGGCAAGUCAGUGGUAUAAUGCGUUAAUGUGAAUGUACAUAGUCCUCGCAGAGGCCCCAAUGAUGAUGUUCACGGCGACGGCAAUUACAAAGGGAUGUUUGCCAAAUAAAAAAGAGAAACCACGGA